CAACCCCGAAGUCGGCUUUUAAGUCCCCGGAUGCGGAAGUAGUUUCUCUUUUCUGUCUGACGGUUUAGGUGGCUACGCUGAGCUUCUUGGUCGCCGCCGCCGCCAGGAGCCGUUACCAUGCCUCGCAAAAUUGAAGAGAUCAAAGACUUUUUGUUGACAGCUAGGCGGAAAGAUGCUAAAUCUGUCAAGAUCAAGAAGAACAAAGAUAAUGUCAAGUUCAAAGUUCGAUGCAGUCGGUAUCUGUAUACCUUGGUCAUCACUGACAAAGAAAAAGCUGAAAAACUGAAGCAAUCUCUGCCACCAGGUCUGGCUGUGAAAGAGCUGAAGUGAGCUGGUCAUUCCUGGAAUUUGUCCUAUGGAUAGUAAUAAAGGGGUCAAAUGUU